AUGGAUCCACCCGAGACACCCGACUACUACGCCGAUCUUGGUGUCGGAGAAUAUGCGACAGCGCACGAGAUCAAGAGAGCCCAUCGCGAUCUCGUCUUGCAACACCAUCCGGACAAACAUGCUCCCGGAACUUGUGAAGAUGCAUUUGAGUUCAGAAAGGCCCGUGAAGCCUACGAAAUUCUUCGAGAUCCUCAGAAGCGCGCAAAGUAUGACGAAAACUACGAGAGUGUUAGAGUUGCCUGGGAACGCUACCGCGGUGAUCCGGAACGCCGGCCUGAUGAGCAGAGCGAAUGCGAAUGGCCCGGUGAAGAAAGCGAAUGGGACGAAGAGAGUGAAUACGAAUCGUCUGAUGAAGAGGGCCUUUUAUCCCGCAUCAAACGUCAGGUCGCAUUGAAGUUCGAUGAGAUUCGAACCAAGCGUGAGACAUACAUCGAGCAAAUCCGGAUUCCAGACCAGAAUCGACUCGUCAGUGAGCUACAUCAACGUCUCAGCGUCUCCCAAGAACAAAAGCGACAAGAGAGCUUGGCAGCGUGGCAACAGGAGAAGACCAAGGCCAUGGAAGAGAUCGACCAACGAUGGAAUGCCCGAAUGAACGAGGAAUUUCAGGAGGCUGCUCGAACACGAGCAGAAGAGGAGGCCAAGGUAGUGCAGGAUUCUAUUGAUCGCUGGGACGUCUGGCGACAGUCGGAGGAGAACAUCACAGCUCAAAACCAGGCCGAAGAGGAGAGAGAAGCUUUGAAGGACCUCAACGCACGCCGAGAUGCAUGGAACCAGCAAGAAGAGAUCAAAAGCCAGCAGAAACGAGAGGAAGCCCGGAAGGAACGGGAGGCGCAGCGCGAGAGAAAGCGUCGACAGCGUGAAGCGGACCGCAAAUUGGAAAAGCAGAGAAGAGCAGAUUGGGAAUCCAGAAAGGCGGCUCGGAAGGCUUGGAAAGAGCAAGAUGAAGCUGCAAAGAAGCGAUUCGAGCGCCAACAGAAGCAAGACGCAGCUGACCGAAGAUCAACCAAGGCUGCAGAGAAUGACCGGAUGGAACGCGACAAGGCUGCCAAGGAACGGUUGAAGAAAUUUCAAGAAAAUGAGAAUACGUGUGGAGAAGAUGAGAAGAAGAACUGCCGCUACCCAUGCUCGGCCUGGGAGAAGAAGAAGGGAAGAGGGACGUGUGGAUCAUGCGAACAGAAAAAGGUCACAUACAUGUACAAGUGUCUUGGCUGCAACCUGCUGGCCUGUCCCAAGUGCAAGAAAUCAGGGAAGCCUCUCUUCUAA